UCUCUCUGCCCCGAUCCAGACGACCACCUCUCUGCCCCGAUCCAGACGACCACCUCUCUGCCCCGAUCCUCCUGACCACCCACCGCCGACCUGGCUCUGGCGAGCCACCCGCCGCCGGCCCCUGGCUUUGGCGCCACCCACGGACGCCUCGACACGCCACCCGACACCGCCUCCUGCCUCCUGCGCUCUACCCCCGCUGCCCCCACAACCUCGACGCGCCACCCUCCUCCGUCCCCGCGGCCUCGACGCCCCACCCUCUCCCGCCACCACGGUCUCGACGCGCUACCAGCCGCAGACCCCCUGGAUCCGGCUGCGCGCCACCGUUGACGCCCCCAAGUCCCCCACGGCCCAGACGCGCAAAUACCCCACGGCUCCUCGGACCAGAAGCACCUCCUGCAGCGAUCCCCUUAGCCUCGCUGUCGCUCCCACCCAGACCCGGAUGCAUCUCCUGCAGUCGUCCCCUCCCCCUGGCCCCGACGAGCCUCCUGCCGCCCCUCAUCCCCGACACGCCUCCAGCGGUCGGACCUCCAGAAGCAGAGCAGACCCCAUGCUCCUGCAGGUCAACUGGGACUCCCACGGACGGUCAAUCUCCACUGGCGCCCUUGCAUCGUCUCUUGCAUCGCAAAAAGUCCUUCUCCCCCUUUAAACUGCCAGCGAUGGCAGCGGUGUCCGGGUUCAGUCUUGCUCGCCUCCUGACCAACCACCGCCUCCCCAUCCCUCCGGGCGACCUGCAGCUGGGGGAGGUCUCGAACUACAGCUGGAGGAGGUCUCAACCUGCAGUGAUUUGCACAAACACUUCACCUGGAAGUAUUGACUUGCAGCUUAUCGCGUCUGCCGCUGCCGCCAAGGUCCACAUACAGUCGAUGCUGCGGCAACCACCCCCGCCACUGUCUGUUGCCGAUGCGUGCAACCACGUUCAGCCGCCCACUGGACUAAAUGAAUUUCAGAUGAAAAACUUUUAA